GGCAAACAGUUUUCGGUUAUUGUUGUAGAGAUCGUAUCGUGGGGCAAAUAAUAUGAGAUGCACAUCAAGUACUCGGAGUAUAUGCAAAUCCCAGUCAGUUUGGCUUGGUUCUCCCACGAAAAUGUAUCUCCAGUUUCUGCUCGCGCUGUUUAUAUCGCGCUAUCAUAUGGGGGCCACAGAAAGCUUUGAGCGUCCCCAUGAACUGGCUCUGUUUCUGGACAGGAUCGGCCGCGUGCAUCGCUUGAAUGCCAUCACUAUAGUGAGCAGCCUGGGAUCUGUUGAACCCAGCUAUCUGGACGCCCUGCAUCGUGGACUGACAUGCAACAGCAGCAAUCACUUCUACUUGCUGCCGCAGAUGACUGCCACGGACAAGGAUAUCUCGCAUGUACGCUUCAGCAGCCUUCAGGAUGAGGAGGCAAUUUAUUUGGUGUUCGCUCGGGACUCCAAGGAUAUGGUGGUUUACUUGCAUGCCGAAAGAGCCAGAGGAAGGCGUUACGCAAAGACCAUGUUCCUGCUCAGAAAGCAGGAGUCACAAAAAGAUAUAGAGAACUUCUUUGAGUUCCUUUGGAAACUGCAGUUCCGAAGCGCUUUGGUAGUUGUGGCAGCUAAAAAGUUUUACCAAAUGGAUCCAUAUCCCAGUGUAAGGGUGAUACGCAUGCGAAGAUUAUCCACCUAUGAUCCGCAUCACAUUUUUCCGCCCGCUAACCGAAGGAACUUCAGAGGCUACACGUUGAGAAUGCCCGUUCAGCAAGAUGUGCCCAAUACUUUUUGGUACAAGACUCUCAGGACGAAUGUAUGGGAACUUUCAGGAUUGGGCGGGAUCCUAAUCAACCAUCUGAUGAAGCACCUGAACGUGACCAUGGAUCUGUUUAGUUUUGAGGUUAAAGGUUCCACAUUGCUGAAUAUGGCUGCGCUCACGGAUUUGAUUGUAGAAGGCAAGGCGGAGCUGAGUCCGCAUUUGUACGACUCACUGCAAGCAAACACCAAUGUGGACUACUCGUAUCCAACGCAGGUGGCACGGCGCUGCUUCAUGAUCCCAUUGGACAAUGAAAUUUCGCGCAGCCUCUAUGUGUUCCUGCCAUUCAGUUUACCCCUGUGGCUGUGCCUGCUGGUUGCCCUGCUUGUGGUGCACUUCGUGUAUGUGCGCCGCCUGAUGCCAGACGGACAUUUCUGGGCCAUACUAGGAGUGCCAGGUGCCGACCCAGUCAGAUAUGGGAGCCGCAAGCCGGGCAGAACGUUCUGUACCUUUUUGAUCCUCGGCGGCAUUUUCAUCCUUGCGCAAACGUACAGCACCAAACUUACAUCUUCUUUGACCGUGACUCUUACACGAAGACCAGUCGACAGCUUGGAUGAACUGUUUCUGCUGCCGUAUCGCAUCCUCGUACUGCCCACGGAUGUGUAUGCAAUCGUGGGUUCCCUGGGUCAUGCGGAGCAGUUUAGCACAAAGUUCAGCGUCACGGAUGCCGAGAGCUUCAGCGAAAAGAGAAUCAGCAUGAAUCCGGAUUACAUUUACCCCAUCAGUACUAUUCGGUGGCGUUUCUUUGAUUUGCAGCAGCGCUUUCUGAGGAAGAAGCGCUUCUACUUCUCCACGAUUUGCCAUGGAUCCUUUCCAUAUCAGUACCAGCUCAGGGUAGACUCACACCUCAAGGAUGCCCUCCAUCAAUUCCUGCUGCAUGUCCAGCAGGCCGGGCUGCAUGAUCUGUGGCUGGAAACCUGCUAUCGAAUGGCUCAUCGCAUGGGCUAUCUCAAGGACUUCUCGACGCUGGCGGAGCUGGAGGAGAAGCUGCGGCUCCGUCCACUGGCGCUCAAUCUGCUGGUGCCCGCCUUCAGUCUGUUUCUGUGCGGACUGUUGGGCAGCGGCAUCGCCUUCCUGGUGGAGAUCCGCCACAGCUUCGGGUGCAGACAAAAGCCACCGCCCAUUAACCGCAACCCCAGGGAUUAAUGCAUUCGAAGUAGCUCAUCCUAACCAGAAACCUUUCUCGAAAUAGUAUAGUAACGAAUACUAAGUCUAAUCUAAUUUAACGUAUGAUUCACAUUAUUCCCCCCACCCACUCAACCCACACAACGCCACGAAUGAAACCCAAUCGGAUCUAACCAUCGAAUCGAAAUUUGCAACCCAUCAUAAACGUAUUCCAUCGAACCCCAUCCAUCGAUCGUUUAGUC